AUGUCUGCCCAAAAGCCUCAGACGUUCAACCCCAAAAAUGUUCGUGCACCUCGACCAACUUACAGCCACGUUGCUGCAACGACCAUCUCGGGUACAUCCAAAAUAAUCACCGUCGCCGGCCAAAUAGGAGUUGAUCCUGGAACAGGUGAAGUGCCGCCAACAUUCCUCGCUCAGGUAGAGCUGGCGUUGGAGAAUCUUCGCAGGUGCCUUACCGCCGCUGGGGCCACGACACACGAUAUCGUUCGAAUCACUCAUUACAUCAUCGACGUCGGCAGUAACGCAACAGAUAGUUUUAGGAGACGGUAUAUGGAAUUCAUGGGUGACUAUCGGCCUCCAAGCACCCUCGUUGGUGUUGCGGCUCUCGCAGAUCCCAGGUUGUUGUACGAGAUAGAGGCAACUGCGAUUCUCGCUGAAUAG